AUGGCUCCUGUAGUCCUAGCUCCUGCUGCCGGUGCCGGCGCUGCAGCUAAAGACAUGAAAAAAGAGUCUGCAACUGCUAGGUUAUUGGGAUCUGGCUCUGCUGGUAUUGCUGAAUUGCUCAUUUUCCAUCCGGUUGACACAACUGCAAAGCGCCUGAUGAGCAACCAGUCAAAAAUUACAUCUGUUCCCGCUUUCAACAAAGUCGUCUUCAAAGAUUUUGCCUCCGCCUCCGUGCUCCGUAAAUUCACCUCUCUAUUUCCUGGUCUUGGAUAUGCUGCAGGGUAUAAGGUCUUGCAACGAAUUUAUAAGUAUGGAGGGCAACCUUUUGCCCGUGACUACUUGGCUAAACACUAUGGAGCCGAUUUUGACAAUGCAUUUGGAAAAGGUACUGGCAAGGCCAUCAUGCACGCUACUGCUGGAAGUUUAAUCGGAAUUGGAGAAAUUGUUCUUCUACCUCUCGACGUGUUAAAGAUUAAACGACAGACCAACCCAGAAGCAUUCCGUGGCCGCGGCCUUUUUAAGAUUAUUUCUGAUGAGGGCAUGGGCUUGUACCGUGGUGCUGGCUGGACGGCAGCUCGUAACGCCCCCGGUUCCUUCGCGCUUUUCGGAGGUUCUGCCUUCGCCAAGGAGUACAUCUACGGCCUUUCGGACUACAACGCCGCAACUUGGUCUCAAAACUUUGUCGCAUCUGUCGCCGGCGCCAGCGCAUCGCUUAUUGUCUCCGCACCACUAGAUGUCAUUAAAACACGUAUUCAAAACCGAAACUUUGAGAACCCGGAGUCGGGAUUCCGCAUUGUUAGCAGCAUGAUACGAAACGAAGGCAUGACCAGUUUCUUCAAAGGAUUAACCCCUAAAUUGCUGAUGACCGGCCCGAAACUGGUAUUCAGCUUUUGGCUGGCACAAACCUUGAUACCCGCUUUUGGACAGGUGGUAUAA